GACAUCUCCGGCAUAAAUGCAAGGAGGAUGUAUAGCUCAUAUAGGAUCUUGUGGAACUGGAUUUGAUUCUGCAAGCGGUUCGGUACGAACGAAGAAAUUUCGAACAAAAGGAUCGGAACUCGCUGAUAGGAAAGGAGAGAAAAACAAAGCAAUGCCAAGAGCUCCAUCAAUCUGUUGUUCAUCGAUAGACGAAGCUCUCUCUUUUUCAUCUCGUGCCAGAUGUAACAAAAGAUUAGUCCUUUUUCCUUCUCGCGAACCACGGGAGCGCCCAGCGCCCAGAAGAGCAAAGCUCAUUUUCAAAAUAGGGUCAAGCGGACUCUCUAGGUCCUUGGAUAUGAUGUCUUCUGCCACUCUCCUUGGUGGCUAUUCUCCACCAUCUCAGUCCCCUCUGAGGUUAGCUGAAUCUGAUCAGUGGCUGUCUCUGCCUAAUCCACCAAGUGUGUACAAGACAAGAUCUUUGUCUGUCACAAGUUCUCCUGCUGUUGCAAGUUGA